AUGCUGCAACGUGGGCUUUUUAUUGUUGUUGAAGGUUGCGAUCGAUCAGGAAAGUCAACUCAAUGCGCCAAUCUUGUCUCCAACCUUACAAAAUCUGGCAUUGAUGCAGAAUUAAUCAAAUUUCCUGAUAGAACCACACAGACUGGCAAAAUGAUUGACAACUAUCUUCAACAAAAAAGUGAGUUAGACGAUCACGCUAUCCAUUUACUCUUUUCAGCGAAUCGCUGGGAAGCUAUGCAGGCAAUUCAUGAUAAAAUUGUGCAUCAGAGGAAAACGCUAGUAGUGGAUCGAUAUGCUUUUUCAGGUGUGGCCUUCUCGUCGGCAAAAGGGUUAGACUCGAAUUGGUGCCGUCAUUCAGAUGUAGGGCUGUUAUCGCCAGAUAUUGUCUUAUUCUUAGACUUGCCGAUUGAUGAGGCAGAAAAAAGAGGUGGAUUCGGUGAAGAGCGUUAUGAAAAGAAGGAAUUACAGAUAAGAGUCAGAGAAGAGUUCAUGAAAUUAGAAGAUAAGAAUUGGAAGGUAAAUCUUUGA